AUGGCCUCCUUGUCAUCCCUCGGCCUGAAUUUACGUCUCACUGACAUUGACGAGAAUCUCAAAUCUAACGCAGCCGCACUUUCAUGGCCAAAUUCUGUGCCUAGCAGAAGUGUCCCUCGGAGCGUCCACAGCUUUGUUGAGGACGUUCCCUGUUUCGCGUAUAAUGAAGUGUUCGAAAGCGGCGAGGUCUUCCAAGCCGUCUCAUCCGGCUCAGGCAUCUACUUGCCUCUACAUUCUCUACAUUUGUCCCCUUAUUCCCAACCGGCCUUCACUGUGUCCAAAUGCCGCCAGACCAAGACCAUAGAGGUCGAGGUACACAGCUUGUCGCUCUUGUCGUCCCUCGCUAUCGCCAUUCCUUCGCCCGAAUUUUCUUCUCUCCUGGAAAACUACACCGAUCUCAGGGAUGCCUUGCACAACCUGGAAAAGAUCCCGUCGUGUUAUUAUGCCGCCGGCGAACUUCGGCUUCUCGCCCGGGACCUACUUCUCGAUAGAGCCCUCUUCGCCGGCAUUGGUACGGACUUUUACCAAUCACAAAACCUACUGGGCCUCGAUCAGCUGCACGAUAUGCAUCAACGAAGUGUUGAAGCUGGCCUGGACGACGUCGAUACCUGCUUCUCACUGGGCAUCAUCCCCGACGUAGUAACCGACGAGUACCUCGAGGCUUUGACGUCCAAAUUCUCCGAGCUGGCUCUCAUGGGUGAUCUUGCUGGUCUCCAGAAGCUUUGCGAGCCCGUUGUCCGUUCCGGGGAGAUUGAGUGGCAAACCAGCCCCGAUCUGCUGCUGCAGCUGCUAGAUCAAGGGCGACUGGAUAUCUAUCGCUACAUCCUCGACCUCGCAUCGCGGACGAAGGAUAAGCCGGACAGCCAACAGGGUUCAUGGCUUUCAGACAUCACCCACGAUCCUCUUCACUUGGCCAUCCGACUUGGUCACUUGGAACAAGUCGAGAGCUUCUUACAACAGGGUGCUACUUUCUUGGGUACCUAUCAGAGCGAGGAGGCUGGGAGUGGCAUUGUUCUCACGCCACUCUCAGCUGCUGCUUUCUGGGACCAGCCUGACGUCGUUCGCUUGAUCCUGCGGCACAACAUCAUGGCUGAGGGUGCGCAGGAAGCUGCCGCUAUUGCGCUUUACAACAACGACACGGAAAUGAUGGAGAUUCUGCUGUCCUCCGGCGUCACCAACGCGCCUUGUCUAACCAUGCGCCAGAACGCCGUCGACUCGUUCGCGGACCUCAGCAUCAUCGACCAACCUUCCAUGUUUAAUACUGCCCAGACAGUAACCGAAAGCCCAGAGUCUCAGGUGCGGGAACUCCUGAUCGGCGACAGCGAUCCGAGGGCGACGGACACGGCUCUUCAGCGUCCCAAAACAAGCCUACCGAAGGAGCCUAUCCAGCCCAAAUGUUCUCGCCGACAACGCCGUCUACUUGGGCAAGAUCUCGUCUCAUGCAUGCACAACAUGUGCUCUCGGCUACGCGAGGUAUGCGAGUGCUCGAUCCAUGACGACGUGCGGAAUCUCGGGCAAGACUACUCCUAUGCCAAUGGUGUUUGGGAGCGUGGUAUCGGUGUCUUCCGCGGUUUGAUGCAAGACAACCCACCGACCACUUUGGUCGAAGUCAUUGACUCCCUACUUGUGGCAAAUUCCAUCUGCCUGACCUUUUUCAAGAAUGAUGCUUCGAUCUUGGUUCAGUUCUACAGCGACCUCGACCGCUGGCGAUCACUUCUGCCCGGCUCAUCGUAUGCGUUCUUCGACGAAAUAGCUUUCAGGAUGUGGGCUUUUACCCCUCCGAGCCACGCGGUAUCCGACUUCGACCCCAGCAACCUGCCUCACUUCCAAGGACUGGUCCAGGGCCUGAUAUCUCUCGAGAAGCGACGAGAAGCCGCCCCAUCACGCAGUUCUGCUUCCGGAAGCCGGCUGAGUGCCAUUCAGAGGUCGUUCGAAACGCGCGAGACCUCUCAACAUGCUGCCCAAGGCCAGACGAUCCCAGGUCGCUCGUCGACACGGCAAACUUCACACCCGAACUCGUCGACUCAACAAGACGAUUUCACGUGGGCAGACUUCCUCCACAUGGAUAGAUUCGAGGACGUGGCGAGAGGACAGUCGCGGACGCCGGCGGCAAACAGCUGGGAGGAUGCGCUGUCGUCCACCAUGAUCCUGCUCGCCUCAGUCGCGUUUUCUAUCGUCCUGUCGUUGAUGAUAGGUCUCCACGGCUCAACGACCCAAGUCCUCCAGACGAUCGCCGGCAGCCUGCCCGGAUACGCCCGUUCGUAUACCCUGCUAGCGGAAUACCUCGCGAUGCACGACGUCUUGAUCGCACACAAAGACGACCUUGUCCCCUCUGCGGCUUCGUCGCUGGUGCCGCCAUCGCCGGCGUACGGGUCAGAUGCGUACCUGACCCCAGUCAGCAGCUUCUCCUCGCUCAACACGCUGGGCAUGCCUCGCAACAUGUCCUCGUCGAGCAUCAGUAGCAUCGGAUCGUCCAUCUCGAGACCGCCUUCUCGCGAUCAUCCCACACGAGGAAGCAGGCUGCCGUGCCCCAAACCAAUGUGCACCAAGACGUUCUCCAGCGUCAGUAACCGCAACAAACACGUUCGCGAGGGCUGCGCGUACACGCGUGAGAAGCGGGCGGGGGAGUCUAUCGUAUUGCAGGCUCGCAAUAAGGCCGACCGCGUUAAAAAGGAAAGGGACCGGCCUGGAUUAAUAUGGGAGGAUGAUGACGAGCUCAACGAAGGUCUCGAGUUCCCAGACCACCCCGGUCUAGUCUUUGGGGGCCGGAGCAAGAGCGAGCUGGAGGAGAUGUUUGACCCAGCGCGGUACGAUUUUACUUCGCUCCCAGACGUCGGGGAGAACUACCUGAUCACCCCCGACAACGUCCCUGAUGGUUUUGAGAUUGGGACCAUGCCUGCGUUUGAGGACUUAGAUGGGCGAGGCCCUCCUUCUCCCAUCCCAGGCUUCGAGUUCGUUCCAAUCCCCGGCACCGAAGGAAACACGCCUGGGGACGGAAACCUGCUGAGCGAAUCGUUGUUGGGUAGGCUUAAGCGGCAGAAGAAGCAGUAG